AUGCACUUCAACACUUUCUCUGUCGCUGUGUUGGCACUGCUUUCGCUCGCCGGGGCCAAGGCUGACGACAAGAUCUCGACCGCUGGCCUUGUGGUCGACGACAAGCAGGUAGCCAGCUACUGUGCCAUCCCGGUCAAGCCGGAGUUCAAGGAAGUCGAGUUCGUCUGCUUUACGCUCAAGGGCGACAUCCAGAAGCAGAUGACCAACCCGAACCGUCUCAAGGGAUUCGUCAACAAGGCUGGCAAUGCCUUUGUCGUGCUGGGCCAGAGCGGUGCACAGUCCUUCUCGAUCGGCGACAAGCAUGCUGUCCUUCACCCGAUUGACGCACCGUACUGCCGCAAGGUCGAGGUGACGUCGGGUGGACCAGAAUCGGGAGCCACGGCCACUGCGCAAAAGUGCCCGGGUAAUCGUCUCUCCAUCGCUUUCGUCCAAUCCCAUAGUUCUUCUCUACAUCUUAGCGCGUUCCUGAGAGUCUACAAGCUGUGGUUGGAACGUGUGCAUGAUGUUCAUCCGACCGGACUUUACAGCCGCACAGCAGACCACUACCACCUGGCGGCUCGUCGCAUGUGUGGGACGUGGCGAAAGCUCGAGCACGUGCUCUAUCGUAUGGCGAAUGAAAAGCUGCUGCCCCACCUUUGCCCUAAGGAUCCACUCAAGCAAACGUACACUGCAAUGACCUUCAACAAAGCUACCGCCUUGGCACUCUUUGGCCUUCUCGCGCUCAUCGGAGCUAGAGCUGACGGAUUGUCGGCGGAUCAACGCGAAUUCAAUCCGCCCUUUACCCCGAUUCCUGGAGUCACAAUCAACAACGAUGAGGUUGGUCGAUACUGUAUCCUCGGGCAGAGGGAUACGCCCAAGGGAUACGCCUGUUUUUCGCUCCUCGGCAACAUCCGAGGCCGUAUGAUUGAGCACCAAAACCUGACCGGAUUCAUGACCGAGGCGGGAGAAGCCUUUGUGUUGAUCGACAACGGCGCUACGCAGUCUUUUGCCACCGACGUAGACCACGUCACCGUGACUCCUUCAAAGCAGGCCCAUUGCCUGCGUCUCACCGUUGAACGCCAGAAGGCCCCAGGCGACAAGGAGGCGAGGAUGACCUCAACCUCGUGCCCAGCCUCGCCCGCAUUCCAUCUUGCAGACAAAUGGACUGAUCCGUGA